AUGGCGAAGAAAUUGGGGAAAGUUUCUUUGCUUUGCGACGAAGAACUUGCCCUAAUCCUCACCAAGCUUCUCGACCCAUCUGAUCGAAAAUCCUUCUCCCAAGUCUGCAAGCAAUGGCUUCGCGUCGAGGGUCUCAACCGCUCAUCCAUUCGUUUUCUCCGACCCGAUUUUCUCCGUCAGGCACUCCCUAGGUUCCCAAACAUCGUCACAUUCGAAACACCCAACUCAAUCUCCGACACCGAUCUCGAGUUCAUCUCCCAGACAUGUCCGAAGAUCGAGGUCCUCAACCUUAAUUUGGUGACGACAUCGUUGGAUCUCGGUCUCAAAUGUUUAGGUCUCCCCGCUUUGGCAAACGGGUGUCCGAAAUUGUCCAAGGUUAUACUCACGGGUAGAAGCUCUAUUACUGAUCAGAUAUCUGUUUCGCUUAUAAACUUGGCUAAGAAUUUGACGUAUUUGGACUUGGGGUGUUGCUUAGAGGUGUCUGACAAGUCACUUGAAGCAAUUGGGUUUUGUAGUUCGAUUAGGUAUUUGAGUUUGGAGUGGUGUUGUAAGAUUACGGAUAAAGGAUUAGAGUUUCUUGCCAAUGGGUCAUGCUCGAAAACACUAAAGACAUUGAUACUUGCUUGGUGUGAUAGGAUUUCAGAUUCUGGGGUAUCGCAUUUGCGGAGAAUGCAUUGCUUGGAACACUUGAGUUUGGCCAAUUGCGGACGAGGACGAAAGAUCACUGACACUGGAGGUGUGGCAAUCUCGGCCAUUUCGACCCUAAAGAAAUUGAGCUUGGUUGCGCUGGUGAGAGUGACGGAUCGCACCGUUGUUACUCUUGCUGAGAAGUGCAUCAACUUGGAGGUUAUUGAUUUAAGUGAUUGUAGGCUGACUGGAGCUAGUAUUCGUGCAUUUGCGAGGCACAAGUUGUUGCAAUCUUUUGUGUUGCGAUUUUGUAAUGUCAGUGAGAAUGAUUUGGAUCACUUGGUUAGUCGAUGCAGAUCAUUGAAAUCUGUUGUGCUGGAUUCUGAGACCUUAAACCAGAUUAGGCCUCGGCUGCGAAAAAGAGCUAUUAAAGUUGUGACAGUGUGUUAG